AUAGCACUGACCAUUUAGUCAGUGCUGACAGCAUUGAUGAAACACCCCCCUGGGGAGUGUUUCAUCAACAUUUUCAUCCGACAAGUUGUCAGAUCUGACAUCUUUCUCUGAUGUUGAUUGGUUGAGAGGUACUGUUACUAUGGCAACUGUCGGAUAAAAUGGGACUUGUCGGAUAAAACGUCCGACAAGUCCUUUCAUGAAACGCUCCCCCGAUCUGUGGUGGUUGGAGCACCAAGAUUUUUUGACGAUCUUAUAUACCGCCAUCAACGUCUAUAAUAUGACAUGUAUAGUGUCUUUUCAUCUUUUUUUUUUUUUACUGAACUUGGAAGUUGGAUUCUCUGAAAUUUAAGCUCGAGGGAACACUGAAAAUCAAGAUGCCGACUGACGUUGAAACUCUUAUGGAAAUGGGAUUCCCAAGAAAUAGAGCAGAAAAGGCUCUCGCAAAAACUUCCUACAAAGGAGUUCAGGUUGCCAUGGACUGGUUAUUCGCUCACAAUGAUGAUGCAGAUAUCGACGAACCUUUUGAAGUGCCUCAAGGAAAAACACUUGGAAGUAAUGAUAGUGAAUCUGAUACUACUCCAAGUGGGGACUCUAAACCUGCCCAGGAAACACCUGCACAACCAGCUCAAGUCCAAUCAAUCAAGUGUGAUGAAUGUGGAAAGAAGUUACGAACGCCGGAUGAUAUUCAGGUGCAUGCUGCAAGAACGGGUCAUCAGAGCUUCUCAGAAUCAACGGAGGAAAUCAAACCACUCACAGAAGAGGAAAAGAAAGAGCAACUUGCAAGGUUACAAGAGAGACUAAAACAGAAGCAGGCAGAUAGGAUAGCCAACGAGAAGAAGGAAGCGUUGGACAGGGAGAAAAUGAGGCGGAAACAGGGCAAGGAAAUGGUGCAAGCAAAACAACAGAUGGAAAUAGAUGAGGCUAAACAACUCGCAGCUCUGAAAAAGAGGGAAAAAAUGGAGGAAAAGCUUGCAAGGGAAAGAGUGAAAGAACAGAUUGCUCGGGACAGAGCGGAUAGAGCAGCUCGAGGGAGUAAGAAACAGGAAGGGGUUCCCCCCGCUCAGCCUCCUGCUGCGGCUCCAGCUCCGGCUCCAGGUUCCUCCGCACCCAAGAAGGAGUACGAUACAUCUAGGUUACAAAUUCGUCAAACCAAUGGGAGUGCUAUCACCCAGUCCUUUGGUGCAAUGGAACCUCUGGCUGCCGUCCGUGUGUACAUUGAACUGAACAGGACAGACGGACAGACAGGUGCCUUCUCUCUCAUGACCCCGUUCCCUAGGAAAAUCUUCACGUUAGAAGACAUGGAAAAACCUCUCAAGGAAUUAGGUUUAGUACCAUCGGCUGUGCUAACUAUUACCAGCCCGCAAUGAUGUGAUCCAUCUUUAUAUCAAACUCUUCUAUAUCAACGAUACCAGGGUUAGGUGCAAACUGUGAUGUUAUCUGGGCAGGACCGAGUCUUGUGUAUUCCAGUCUGAUUUGAUUGAUAUGGCAAUAUUAUAGCCACAUUGCUAUGUGGAUGUGGUCCAUAGUGGCUGGCCCGGAGACUGUUUGGAAUUAAGCAUAAUUUCAGUGAUUUUCACUGACAAAGUUGCUCUGAACCAAUAAGAUGCAUGGAUUUCAGAAGCUUAUAACGAUUCUCAAUGAAAAUCAUUGACUAUUCGUUUCCAUGAAAAGCUCCCCUGGUCUUUAUAAAAAGUAUCGAGGAAUAGUUGUAUGAAGCUGUUCGUACAGAAAUGGAUGACUGGAAUUCUGAAGGAGAGAUGACAUCCCGAUUUAGUUUUACUGCAGUUUCUAGUAACCCCAAUUGAAUUGCCCCCCCCCCCCCCCAAUAUUUUUUCAUUGACUUUUUUUUAUUCUACAGAGUUUGUAUUUCAACUCAAGCUACUUUCAAGUACAAGUGAAUGAAAAUUCUCUUUGGCUUACCAUAUUCAACUUUACAGUUUUGUGAAACCUUUCCCAGUUCAGUUAUUAGUGACUAGAGAAGUGUAAAGGCUUUGAUGGAUGCACACAGAAUGCCUUUCAGAAAAGGUAAUACCUUUCAUUGAUCACGCAGUAAUGACAAAGAGUCAGCAAUGUUCGUAAUGCCACCCCGAGGUUUUGUAUUUAUUUUGGCUACUAAUAAAUGGCCUAAUUCUCAGAGCAUCUAGCACCAAGAUUACUCAACCUACAGAAGCUUUGAAGUGCCAUCGACUUGUUGAGAUGGCAAGAUGAUCUAUCUCGCCAGGUCGACAUAACGUUAUUAUGUCAACAUUGCGAGAUACGUCAUCUCACCAAGUCGACUUACAAAAAGUUUGAUGUCAACAUGGCGAGAUACAUUAUCUCACUGAGUUGACAUGAAAAGUUGUAGGUCAACAUUGCGAGAUACGUUAUCUCGCUCUGUUGACAUGUAAAAAGUAAAACGCAGAUUUGAUUUUACAUCCACAGUGUGCCAACUCGCAGAGUCGCCUUACGAAAAAGUUGUAUGUCAAGUUGACAAAUGAAAUAUGAUAUCUCGCCAAUUCAACUUAGGAAAAGUAGUAUGUCAACAUGGUGAAAUACGUUAUCUCGCCAAGUUGACAUAAUACACAUGGCGAGAUACAUUAUCUUGCCAAGUUGACAAACUACUUUUCGCAUGUCAACGUGGUGAGAUACAUUGUCUCGCCAUAUUGACAUCAAGAAUUUGGAUGCCAACAUGGCCAGAUGCGUCAUUUCUCCAUGUUGACAUAUAAAAAGUAACUGGAGAAAUUUGAUUUUUUUUUUUAUCAACAGCAUGCACACACCACAUCCAGUUGGAAGCGAAUCCAGGCCAUGGCGUGACUGGCUAAAGAUCAACGUCCAUGUGCACGCGCUGUGAAAUAUAUUAUUAAAUCUCGCAACUUUCUUUUUAUCUCACCAUGUUGACAUACCUCUUCUUGUUUGUCGACUUGGCAAGAUAAAUUAUCUCGCCAUCUCAACAAGUCAAGACUAAGUGGUGUUGGAAUAAAUGGUUAGAAGAUGAACUGGUUAAGAUGAAUUCGGAGAGACCAUAUUGAAUGAUUUCAUACGAUAUGAAGUCGAUUUGAACCGUUCAUGAAAAAUCACACAUGCACAUUUGAUGAAUUUCGCCAAAUAUUCAUUAGUGUUUUUCUCAUAAUUGUGCUUUGAUUAAAACCAGCAUUAUAUCGGUUAAUUUCUCCAUAUGUUCUGAUAUUUUGGUUUUCAGUAAUUUUAGAAAGACCGGAGGUUGAGGGACGAAUCGCUGAUUUUAUCAGCAAUGCAAGUUGCAUUUAAGACACAUGUUCCAAUGAUACUCUAAGUCAAAUUCCUUUAGAAAUUUGUUCAAAGUAAGAUCUUGUCCAUCUUUUUUUAAAUAAAUAGCUUGAGAUGCAAUGAAUAACCUGUCAGUCUCCUUGAUUGCUGUGGGAUUGUGGUCUGGGCCCUUUUUUACAAAGAGUUACGAUUGAUUUAAUCAAUCUCAACUAUGGAAAUCCAUCAAUUCCAUAACUUUUUUCUACAGGAAGUAUGCCUAAUCUUCUUAGUAAACGCAGAGAAUCACACUGAAUCUUCAAGAGAAUGAUGAAUGUAUGAAUAUACAUUAUAUCUAGAAAUUUUUUUUAACAAAAUCGCUUUGUAGAUGUUGACGUUGCUGGCCGUCCAUAGUUGUGAUUGAUCGGAUCAAUCGCAGCUCUUUGUAAGAUGGGCCCGUGGUUGUCUGUUGUUGCUUCUAGCAUUCAAAACAUUUUUGUGUGAGGGGCACUUAGAGAAAACUGCAAAUCAUAUUCCUGCCUUUGUCUUGUUUUGCAAUUUCUGAGUAGGUGUCACUUAUCCCUAUCCUUAGCAACAACUAUUUUAUUAUAUUGAAUCAGUUUUGGUCAUUCAAAAGAAAUAGAAAAUCCCAGCACCAUUGCAUAUAAUGUUGUAGCCAGCUGUAUAUGUACAUCAUGGUACAAGAUGUUUGUGCCUGACAACAGUGUAUUGAGGCAACAAAGUUGCUAAAAACAUGUCUUGUUUUCGUAUUGUAUAAGCAACUGUACAAAAGAGAAAAUUGCUUCAUUUGUGUAAUAAAAUUUAGAACUAAGAAUAUAAA